AUUCCAUUCGGUUCUUGUGUCCACACGAGAUCAUGGCCACGAGGAAUGUUGAAUCUGGAACGGAUGCGCUCCCUCCAUCGGGACCGGUCUACAAGGUCUACAAGCGACGAUUUUGGGGUUUGAUCCAGCUGGUGCUAUUGAACAUCGUCGUCAGUUGGGAUUGGUUGACCUUCUCUUCGAUCUCGACCACCGCCGCCGAGCACUUUAAGGUCUCGGAGAGCGCCAUCAACUGGAUGAGCACCGGCUAUCUCUUUGCCUUCUGCGCCGCCAGCCCCGUCGUCAUCUUUACCCUCAACAAAGGCGGCCCCAAGCCCGCUAUCAUCAUCACCUCCUCUCUGCUGCUGGCCGGCAAUUGGAUCCGCUAUGCCGGCACGCGAGCUCGUGGCGGGAUAUUCGGGGUGGCCAUGUUCGGCCAAAUCCUGAUCGGCCUGGCGCAGCCAUUCUGUCUCAGUGCACCGACGCGGUACAGCGACCUCUGGUUCUCCGAUCAGGGACGCACGAGCGCGACGGCCGUGGCGACGCUUGCCAACCCCCUCGGCGCAGCUCUGGGUCAACUCAUCGACUCGUUCUGGGCCACCGAGCCCGACGACGUCGCGAACAUGGUGCUGUACAUCUCGAUCAUUGCGACAAUCGCAUCCCUCCCAUCCUUCAUCCUCCCCUCCGCACCACCGACCCCGCCCAGCGCCUCCUCCGCCAGCCACCAGAACACCAACACAAGCGAACCGACCCCACUCCUCCCAACCGUCACGCAACUCCUGCGCACCCUCGAAUUCUACCUCAUCCUGAUCCCUUUCUCCAUCUACGUAGGCUUCUUCAACAGCGUCUCCUCGCUGCUGAACCAGAUCCUCAGCCCCUACGGGGCCAGCGAGACCGAAGCCGGGAUCGCGGGGGGCAUCCUAAUCGUCGUGGGCCUGCUGGUCUCGGCGCUCAUCUCCCCGAUCACCGACCGGUACAAGCACUACCUGGCCACGAUCCGCAUCCUGGUCCCCAUCGUCGCCGCCUCGUACAUCGGGCUGAUCUUCGCCCCGGCCAGCAGCGCGGGCAUCGGCCCCACGUACGCCGUGUGCGCCCUUUUAGGUGCUUCCUCAUUCGGCCUGCUGCCCGUCGUGCUCGAGUUCCUCGUCGAGAUCACCUACCCGUUCUCCCCGGAGGUCGGGAGCACCCUCUGCUGGACGGGCGGGCAGCUCCUGGGCGCCGUAUUCAUCCUCGUGCAGGACGCCCUCAAGGCCGGGAAGCACGCCUCCCCGCCGGAGAACAUGCGGAACGCGCUCAUCUUCUCCGCCGUCGUGGCGGCCGUGGCGGCCCCGCUGCCGCUGUGUAUCGGGCUGUUUGGCCGCGACGUGCGCCGCAGGCGGUUGGACGUGGAUCGCGGGGUGGAUCUGGGGGAGGUCGUCGAGGACGAUGAUGAGACCAUUGACAACGACGCGGACGCGGACGCGAUCCGUCGCGGGGAUACAGCCGGUAGUGCGGGCGAGAAAGGGAAGUCCAGAUUCAAGUGGUCGGUCUCCUCCAGACAAUAGCGUUGCAGAAACAGCGGUUGUAGUAGGGGUGCGUAUGUGGUUUGCUCGCAUUGCUGGGCACAGGCCCUGUCCCUUACACAAUCUGUCGCCAUGUCCUGACAAAUGCCGGUGACUAUCAC